AAUAGGGAAUACGCCUUUCCGUUAGUUGGACCAAUGGGAUGCGGUCAGGUUAAUUUGAACGCUGAAAAGCGGGCAAGCAAACAUUCGAGAGGGAAACAAAGACAGAGCAAGCGUCGAUCUGCUGUCCGGCGUGAAAACAGGAAAAGUGUGUUUUAUUGGCAUCUAAAUACUUUGUCAUCUGUCUAAGACUUCCGCCAUGUCUCACAAGCAAAUCUACUACUCUGACAAAUAUGACGAUGACAAAUAUGAGUACAGACAUGUUGCGCUACCCAAAGACAUUGCAAAGCGUGUACCGAAGACCCAUCUAAUGUCGGAGACCGAAUGGAGGAACCUUGGGGUCCAGCAAAGCCAAGGAUGGGUCCAUUACAUGAUCCAUCAGCCAGAGCCACACAUCUUAUUAUUCCGACGUCCUCUGCCAAACCCCAAAGCAUAAGGGAGUUUCUCUGGGGCCCACACUUAGUCCCUAUGUGCCGCCCAACUCUUCAGUGUGGGAGGUGCUGUGGGCUGACCGUGCUGGACCUGGAGAUGGACUAUCACACUUAUGAACAGUGGUCGUGGAAUGGCGCGUGUUUUUGAAGGAAAAGAUGAUCGACCUUCUCUUGACAAAAGGACUUCAGCGUGUGUUAACGACACCCCGUUUGCAUGAAACAUUGAAACCUUUUGACUCAACCCUCCUGUCCAACUUGCUGAACCUGCUUGGAUAUUCCAGCUUUUUAGACCAAUUGCUUUAAGAUGUGGGGAGCGAAACGUACUAGAGAACAAAGCCAGAAAAAAUAGUUGGAUCCUGAUCAUAGUUUGAGUCUGAAACGUAUAUAUGCGGUUUUAAGUGACAUGCUGCUGCUUGGUUUAAAUGACACUUGACUUGCAUUUAACGAUAUUGUCAUGUGCAUGAAAAUCCGCACCAACUAGUCUCGAUCCUUUCUGAUAAAAGCAUACUAGUUUUGGCCUCCUUUAGAGCAAAUUGUUUCGAUUGGUCUGAUUGUACCUGUGAGCUGCUCGGUAUUUAUAAAACAUUGCCCUAUCUGAAAUAAAUGUAAACUUUUAAAUCUGAGUGUUGCCAUGUAUUUUGAUAAUUUAGUUUACAGUCAGUUACGUGGCCGAUGGUUUCAGGGCAAUGUUAGAAAGGUUAAACGGUGGACUUACAGUAGGCGUUUUACAUCAUUAAGCUGUACCAAAACAAAGCUUAGGAGCAGUGUCCCGAUUCUAAUCCCACUUGUAAGAAUCCCUCUAUUUGAUGGAAACGGCAUACAUUUCCACAAAUCCUGUGCCCACAAAUUGUAUAUGCAUGAGCCGUGAAUCCAGACCUGGUGAUCAGGGUGUGACACGGAGCAUCACAGAAAAGGAGCUGCUCGAUUUGCAUAAAAGGAAAUCCAUGUCUUCACAAUAGCCUUUGAGGAUCAGUGAGGGAGGCCUCCUACAAGACUGGAAUUCCAGCUGUCUACUGCAUGGUCAAUUUUUUUUUAAUAAUGUAAAGAACCAACACUUUUAACCAACUGACCUACCUGUGUCCACCCCCAUAAACUUAAAAAUGAUCACCCUCAUUCUGUUAGUGGGGCCAUGAAAGCUGGUUUAACUGAAAAAUGAUCUGCAUUUGCAUAGCUUUUUUUAUUUUUGACAAUCUGACUAGUGUAUUUUCCUGGUAUUUACUUCAUGGCGACCAGAAACGUCUGUUAAAUCUUCAUGUUUGCUGAUGUAAUGAUGCUGUUUGAAGAUGUCGUGACUGGUGGCACUUAGCUGGUGUGGUGGCGCUGACCUCUGUAUCACACCUGCACUCUUACUGUUUCUCUUAAUUGUGUAGAAAAUGUCUAGGUUGCAUAUAAUUUGUAACACGGUUUCUCAUCAACCAGCACAAUGAUGCGAUGUUGAAAGUGAGACUCAGGCCACAGAGCCAGUAGCUGUAUGAAACUUUGCUGAUGAUUGCUCGAACAAAUAGGAAUUGAUAACUUCAAACUGGCUCCUUCUGUAUGAUAUUGACUACAGGACUCUACACUUGUUGCAUAGAACUGAAAGAUGUUAAUGCUAUGGUAAGGAAUUAAGCCACAGAAAGAAGCUAUUUGAUCAUUGUUGUGCUUUGCCUACCAUAUUCAUUAUGGGUGAUAUGUCACAUUAAAGCCAAGAUCUGAUGAAUCGUGCUUUACCACAUUUCUCUCUUAAGAUUUAGAUGUUUUUAUUUGCUCAAAAUGAAGGUUUUUGCCUAAAUCAAGUUUAAGUGUAUUCAGAAUUUUCAGGACACCCAUGACUGAAGACUCAGGCCAAAUUGAAAUGAUGGAAAAAAAAAAUGGAAAUAUAUAUUUAUAAAAAACAGUAGAAAUGGUUUAAAAUAAAUUACUAUAAUGCAGAGGUAAACACCUGUCUAUACUACACAU